AUGGCUGAAGUAGGAGUCGAGCGACCACCUCCCCUUGGGAAUGAGAGUGACGUGGAUAAGGGAGUUGGUCAAGAUGCAGACAUGGAAGGCUUUCAGCAAACCAUGGCCAACAUUUACCGAGCAUCAUUUCCCACAUCUGCGUCCCCACCGAUAGAAAAGUUCAAAAACCCAGCUCCCAUACCAGAGAACCCGCCGCAAGUCACCCAGCAAUUCCACGAUAGCCCAAGCGUCUCACGAAGAGCUCCAAAAAACAACCUUACAUGGAAUUGGCGACAUCCAACACUAUCAAGAAUCCUGCCCAUUUUCUCAUCGUCUGCCAAGGAUGUAUCCACUGCUGCUGAGCGUGAAGGGCUAUCCCGAACUCCAUCUGUCACUCUGUCUCCCGGCACGGAGGGUGAGAAAGCACACUCUUCAAAAGUGGGACAGGCGAUCAGAGCAAAGCUUGGUUUCAAAAGGAAGAGCCAAACCUCUACCUCUGAAUUGCCAGAGAAAGAAAGCGGCCAGCGCAAUAAUGUAGCCGAUCCGCAGAGUGCUCCCCAAUCAUCAUUACCGGAUGCUGCUCAGUAUCAAACGUCAGCCUUUGACCUGCGUCAGCCUCCAGCAGGUUGGACGGACCCAGCGACCCGAUUUGCUGGGGGAAAUAAUGUAGCCCCCGGAGAAGUGGCAUCUCCACAACAACCAACUGCCUCUUCAAUCUCUUCCCAUCCCCCCGCGGGGUGGAAUCCAAGUUUAGUUGAAGGAGUAUCGUCGCCAGAUGUGCGUCAGUUAUUGGAAGAAAACACCAGGCUUAAACAUGACCUCCAAGCGCUCCGACAGGUAGAUGAUGCGAAAGAAGCUGCUCUGCACCGCAUUCAAUUGGCAAACCAAGGCUUUGCUCACGAAGCAUCUGUUCUGAGACGUCAGCUGUCGUCCGUCCAGCAACUGCAAUCUGAUAUGGACAAUCUGACCGGAAAAUAUGCGACCCAUUCCGAACACAUGAAAGAUCUGGAGCAGAAGUACGCCUCAUUAAAUGUCAAAUACGCGGAGCUGAAAGCGUCUCACACAGAAACGCUCUCACAAAAGAGCGAAUUGGAACGACAGGUAUCCAACAUGCAAAGUGCCCACAACACAUUAGUUGAACAAAAGGUGGAAGCGCAAAGCAAGGCGUAUGCUCUUGAACGGUCUCAAUUUGACGCUCACAACCUUCGUGAGCAAGUAACACAUCUUGAGCGGGAAGCAGAUGACCAGCGUCGCAUCAUCGCCCUUCAACUUGAAACCAUAUCCCAGUUGAAUAACCAAAUUGCCGAGUUCAACAGCACUAUAGCACAGCUUAACAGUCAGAUCACUGAGCUUAACAAAGCCAUCCAGUAUCGAGACGCUAUUGCUCAGGAGAGUGUGGUGCGGAUACAAAGUAGCCAAAAACGAAUGAGGGAGCUACAGCGGUUACUACAUGAGAAAGAUAAGAUGCUUGCCGAAGUUUUGAGCUCCUCGGACUGGAACCAAGAGGAAGCCGUGCGCCCUGCAGCAGUGUUCGGGAAAGAUGAUUUUUCGUUCGCGAUGGGAAACAUCUAUCAAGAUAAACCCCUCAAAGGGUCGCAACAAGUGCAUCAUCCAGCCGGAGGUAUGGCGCAAGUGCCUUGUGAAGCGGAUCAUCCGAUGGAUAUUGGCCAAACGAUGGCAUCUGUCUAUGGAGGGUAUCAAUCUCAGACAUGAAUUUGUGGAUGGAUGAAGCUUUAAUAUUUUGUAACUAUAUAAUAACUUAAUCAUACUUGUAUUCUCCACAGUCUAAUGUAGGACAAACAUAACAACCAA